AUGGCAUCCGAUUAUGGUACUGAGGAUCUUGAGGGAAGUUUGUCGAUCAUCCCGCUCGAGGAGGAGGAGGAGCCAGCGGUUCAAUACGAUCGGCCUUUGGUUGAUGAUACAGAGGUCGAUACUUGGUGGAGUAUAGUAGGUCGAUUCCUUACGGACAACCCGAUCGACUUCAUGGCGAUGCAAAACUUGAUGGCAGUGCUUUGGAAGCCAGAUAUUCAAAGGGUCAUUGAUCGGAGUCCAUGGACGUUCAAAAACGCUCCAUUAAUCUUUGAGAGGUUGAAAACCGGGGAUGUUCAAAGGGCUUUGCGGUUGCAUCAUCUCGAAAUAUGGGUUCAAUUGCAUGAUAUUCGGGCGGGUUUUAAGACGGAAGGGGUGGUUUUAGAUGCUGCGAAUUAUAUCGGAAGCUUUGUUAAAACCGAUGAGAAUAAUUUCAAUGGGGUUUGGAGGGAAUAUCUCAGGGUUCGGGUUCGGUUCGAUAUCGAGAAGCCAUUAAAACGGCGGAUGAAGUUGCAACUAACCGGUGGUGAGUGGUUUUGGAUUAAUUUUCGCUAUGAAUUUGUGCCGACUUUUUGUUUCAUUUGUGGUGUUAUAGGCCACACCGAUCAAUAUUGUUCUAGGCUCUUUAUUCAACCCAUUGCUUCUAUCGUCAAACCGUAUGGUUCCUUCAUGAAGGCGGUCCCUCGAAGAACUCAAUACGCCAUGGGAGCUAAGUGGCUCCGAUCGGCUUCAGGUGGGGCUGGGCAGUUUGGUGCGACGGCUUCUGGUUGA